AUGGCCGCCCGCGGCCUGCUCAGCGCGCGCAAGCUGUGCACCAGCCGGCGUGACCAGAAGUGGUCCGACCUCAACUACAAGAAGCGCACGCUGGGCACGUCGUUUCGGUCGUCGCCGUUUGGCGGCUCGUCGCACGCAAAGGGCAUCGUCCUGGAAAAGGUCGGCGUCGAGGCCAAGCAGCCCAACUCGGCAAUCCGAAAGUGCGUCCGCGUGCAGCUCAUCAAGAACGGGAAGAAGGUGACGGCUUUCGUUCCAAACGACGGCUGCCUCAACUAUAUUGACGAAAACGACGAGGUCCUGCUUGCGGGGUUUGGGCGCAAGGGCCGCGCAAAGGGCGAUAUCCCGGGCGUGCGGUUCAAGAUUGUCAAGGUCUCUGGCGUCAGUCUUUGGUCGCUGUGGAGGGAGAAGAAGGAGAAGCCUCGGCAGUGA